CUGAAUACAAACUCUCUCUUUCCCCCCCUACUAUCCCUUACGUCGCUUCAAUUGACUCCGGUCGCUUUUCACACUCUCGUACGCUCGCUAUCGAUGUCGGACCCCUUGCGGCCUGGUUUCGUGGUUGCUAUACAAAGAUCCCUUGGUGACAUCUACAAGUAAAUCCAUUGGCGGGCUUGUUCCGGAUUACGACGCCUUCGAAAGAAGGACAUCCUCAUCUCUUUUGAACGAGGACGAAGACAAUGAUAAUUCUGCCAUGGCGGACAACAAUCUAGGCUCAGAGCCUUUUUUGCGGUCGGGACAACGGAGAGUUUCUACAGAUCCAAUACAUUCUCCAGCGACAAUGGACGGCGCAUCGCGAGACAAGGAACAGAAGGAACCACAUAAAGUGCGCUUCUCGGAGGACUUGGACAGGGCCCCAGUUGGCGCUCAGCGUCUGGAUACACCAAACUUGACCUUGGAUACUACAGUAAUUCCCAGAAGAUCGGUCUCAACAGGCCUUCAUCCCCGCAAACCCCAGAGUCCGACCUCUCCAACGUCGCCGCGAACGAGAGACAGGGGGUACUCAUUAAGACGAACACUGUUUGCGAAGAGUAUAAACAACCAGGCCGUACAAAGCCCGAUUGAGCUCGCGGAAGCGGGUUUCUCACAGAGAGAUGAAGGAACGGCAGGCCGAUUGGAGGAAGGGCAAGGAAAACCAUCACCGGUCACUGCAUCAGAAGUCACUCCGAGCGACUUCGCGGCGUCUCCGAGCCAUGUACUACUUCAAUCCGAUCCAUCGCACUCGAAGAGCAAAGAAAAGAAGGCAUUUGGAACCGUAAGCUUGCCCAACUACGAUACAUGGGCGAGGACGAAACGUGGUAGUCCUCUGAAACGCGAAGUACAACGGAUAUUUAGACGGCUUUAUGAAGGGACAUUCCUUGAAUAUCUCUUCUCCAAAAAGCAGCUUCCUCCAUCGAAAGAUGGCAGACAUAUUGAUCUUGAUGCCUCACGCAAGACGCCAUUCAUUGAUGAGAGGACCGGGAAGGAAUUCAUCGGCAAUACUAUUCGAUCCAGUCGGUACACUCUAUGGGACUUUGUUCCACGCCAGCUCUUCUUCCAGUUUUCGAAGUUAGCAAAUGCGUACUUCCUUCUGAUUUCAGUCAUUCAGUUGAUUCCGGGAUUAAGCCCGACGGGAAACUUUUCAACGAUCAUUCCACUACUGGUUUUCGUAACCAUCAGCAUGGGGAAAGAAGGCUAUGACGAUAUUCGUCGAUAUAAGUUGGAUCAGGUUGAGAACAAUAAAGAUACCCUAGUAUUGCACGCUUAUCAUCCACCAGCCCCAGGAGCUGCGACUGUGCCAGCUGGAGCGACGGAUGGCCAUCGAGGUUUGAAGGGUUUCCUCUCUACGAAGCAGAAGCACCAGGUACCCCACGCUGAGGAUGGCUUUGUAUUACUCCCUAGCGAAGGUCCAAAGCAAUGGGUAAAUAUGAAGUGGAGCCAGGUUAAAGUUGGAAACAUUAUCAAACUUCAAAGGGACGAUGCUGUACCAGCAGACAUUCUUUUACUUCAUGUCGAUGGUCCAAAUGGGAUAGCGUACAUUGAGACCAUGGCUCUUGAUGGCGAGACCAACUUGAAAACAAAGCAGGCGCCUCCGUCUUUAGCAAAGCGUUGUGGAACUUUGGAUCACCUCGCAGCAUGCCGUGCUCAUGUUGUGGUUGAAGACCCGAAUCGCGAUUUAUACAAUUUCGACGGGAGAGUUACUGUGGAUGGCGAGACUCUACCACUCACGACCAGCGAAAUAGUGUUUCGAGGGAGCAUCCUUAGAAACACCUCCAGUGUCGUCGGUCUGGUGAUCAACACCGGAGAAGAUUGCAAGAUCCGCAUGAAUGCCAACAAGACUCCUCGAAUUAAGUCUCCAGCGAUGCAGGCAAUAUCAAAUAAGAUUGUUGUCAUCAUUGUGGUCUUUGUCAUAAUCCUAGCACUAUUCUGCACAAUUGCCUAUCAGAUAUGGUCUGAAAAUGUCGAAGAAAAUUCUUUCUAUCUCAAGGGGACGCACUACGACUUCACCUACGCAAUAAUCGCAUUUAUUAUCCUCUACAACACACUAGUGCCACUCUCGCUUUACGUCAGCUUAGAGAUUAUCAAAGUUGGCCAGCUACUGCUUAUGCACGACGUUGAGAUGUACGACCCGGUUUCAGACACUCCGAUGAUUUGCAACACAACCACCAUAUUGGAAAACCUUGGGCAAGUCGAUUACGUUUUCUCCGACAAGACCGGCACCUUGACGGACAAUGUGAUGUGUUUUCGAAAGCUGAGUGUGGCCGGUUACGCAUGGUUGCAUGACUUUGACCUACAAAAGGAAGCUGCCAAAAAGCUCGAGCAGAUCCAGGAAAACAUAGAUAACACGAGGAGCAAGGGCAAAGGGGUUGCGAAAAGAUCCCAUUCAAGGAAGGCGGGCGCUGAUAACAUGAAGGGUCCGGACCGUGCUACUUCUUUGAGCAGGUCAGGCUCCGUGUGGAAAUCCUCAGCCCGACCAGCCAAAGCUCAACCAGCGCUCCGUACGGAGGACCUUUUGCGAUUUCUACAACACAAACCUCAUAGCAUCUUCACGAAGAAGGCCAAAUUUUUCCUCCUUGCUCUUUCGCUUUGUCAUACGUGUAUCCCAGAGGUCCAAGAGAGUGGGGAAAUUGAGUUUCAAGCUGCAUCACCAGAUGAGUUGGCUCUGGUUCGUGCUGCCCAAGAACUUGGCUACUUGGUAAUUGACCGGGCCGCACAAUCGAUCACAUUGGCAUAUCCAGGUGGCCCUGAUUCUUCGGAUACCGUCACCGAAACUUACGACAUUCUCGAUGUGAUUGAGUUUUCUAGUAAAAGAAAGCGCAUGUCAAUUAUCGUCAGGUGCCCAGACGGCAAGAUUUGCGUCUUCUGCAAAGGUGCGGACUCUGCCAUACAGCCUCGAUUGAGGCUUGCAUCAUUAGCCCAUCAGAAGUCGGCGGAGAUCACACGACGAGCCAGUAAGAGGAAGAGUUUAGAAGCCGAAGAAGCCUUGAGAAGGAGGAGUGAGCAUAGUCCGAGGAAUAGUUUCACCAGGACCAGUCUGAGCCUUUCUCGGCCCAGCAGAUCUCGGAGCCGGAGGAGUGUUGGUGGCGUAAAAACGAAUAUGGCUGGUUCAAAACUUCAACCAAUCCGUGACGAACUUGACUCCUGGCUCAAAGACCGUGAGCACGAUGUGGCAGUUGAGACCGAUGAUCCAGGCCCUUAUGAAACUCCAACUCCCAGGGCGUCAAUGGACAGAUUUUCUUUUUCUUCCAGCGAGCCGAGGGCUUCAAUGCAGGAGAACUACUUGGACGAUCUCAUUGACGAUGGCCUUGCUUUAGACGACUCGGCUAUCUUCGAACGAUGCUUUCAACAUAUCGACGAUUUUGCGUCCGAAGGACUUCGAACUCUGCUCUUUGGGUACCGAUUCCUCGAUGAGCAGGAGUAUAAUGGAUGGAAGAAGAUAUACCUGGAUGCAACCACAAGCCUUGUGGAUCGCCAAAGACUGAUCGAGAAUGCUGGAGACAUGAUCGAGCAGAAUUUUGAUCUUGCAGGUGCAACUGCCAUCGAGGACAAACUUCAACAAGGCGUGCCGCAAACCAUUGACAAGCUACGGAGAGCUAACAUCAAGAUCUGGAUGCUCACUGGCGAUAAGCGAGAGACCGCCAUCAAUAUCGCAAAUGCAGCGCGGAUAUCCAAGAGCUAUUCCGAAAUUAUUAUCCUGGAUCACAAAUCUGGGGAAGUUGAGCAACGCAUGGCCACUGCUUUACUGGAUAUUAGCAAAGGAGCAAUUGCACACUCGGUGAUCGUCGUCGAUGGUCAGACGCUCAGUGAUAUUGACGCGAACGACACUCUGUCUCUCCUGUUCUUCGAUCUGGUCGUGCAAGCAGAUUCGGUCAUUUGCUGUCGGGCAAGCCCAAGUCAGAAAGCCUCACUGGUGAAAAAGAUAAGGACGAAGGUCAAGAACUCGAUCACGUUGGCCAUUGGUGACGGUGCCAACGAUAUUGCUAUGAUCCAAGAGGCCCACGUAGGCAUUGGGAUUAGUGGCAAGGAAGGUUUACAGGCUGCUAGGAUAUCUGACUACUCUAUCGCUCAGUUUAGAUUCCUUCAAAAACUCCUCCUAGUCCACGGCCGAUGGAACUACGUUCGCACAGGGAAAUAUAUCCUUGGGACGUUCUGGAAAGAACUGUUGUUUUACUUGGUUCAGGCGUUGUAUCAGCGAUGGAACGGCUACACGGGUACAUCACUCUAUGAAUCCUGGUCCCUUACGGUUUUCAAUACACUCUUCACCUCACUUGCAGUCAUAUUUCUCGGGAUCUUUGAACAAGAUCUGGCUGCUUCGACGCUCCUGGCGGUCCCUGAGCUAUACGUUAAAGGCCAACGUAAUGAGGGGUUCAACAUCAAAAAGUAUCUAGGCUGGAUGUUUAUGGCGUCUUCCGCAUCAAUGGUUAUUUACUUCCUUAUGUUCGGACUUUUUGGCGAAGCAAUCUUCACCAAAGACGAGUCGGUCUUGGCACUGGGUCAAAUGUGCUUCACUGUGGCCAUUAUAUUCAUCAACACCAAGAUGCUUAUUCUCGAGAUGGACAACAAAACCUACAUAUCAGCCAUAGGCAUGGUAUUGUCCAUUGGCGGCUGGUUCCUCUGGACGUUGCUCAUGGCGGAAAUUUACAAACCCCAAAACGACAAAGCAUACCUGCAGUACCCCAUGUACCAUGACUUCUACCAGCACUACGGAAGCGAUCUCAGCUGGUGGCUCAACGUAAUCCUUAUCGUGACAGCCCUGAUCCUCUUCGAGAUCGCCGUGAGCAGCCUCCGAAAAACAUUCUGGCCCACCGAUACCGACGUGUUCCAAGAACUAGAGCAAGACCCGAUCAUCCGGAAGCGAUUCGAGGAGACGGUGCGCAACGAGCUCGAAGGGAACGACGAGGAGGUGGAGAUGGGUCGCGAGGAGAAGGCCAGCUACGAUAUGCAGAGGGAAAGCGAUAUCCAGGCAUUGCUGGACAGGCCGCGGGUUAUGAUGGAUAGUAACCCGCCCCCCCGAAGCCCCAUCCUGAGUAGGAGCGAGACGGGCAGUCUACGUCGUAGGGUCUCCACGGAUGUCCAUGCGAUGAUGGAUAUAGAGAGGAGUCCGCGCAGCACCGCGCCGCCGGCGAUGUAUCGGCACUCGGUGGAUAUCGCGGAGCUCUUGGAGGGCAGAGUCUAAUUGUGUUUU